UCUUGUGAGUCUCUUGAGUAAAGAAGAGUCUUAAGUUUCUGAUCACAAUGUCGUUGGGUCACGAUAUCAUCUUUAAUAGUGGAUCUCUUCGAAGAAAUAGUGACGAUAUCAUCAUCAAUAGUGGAUCUCUUCGAAAAAAUUAUUCUGGAAAGCUUACAUUUAGAGUCUUCAUCACUUGUUUUACCGCUACUUUUGGAGGUCUAAUUUUCGGCUAUGAUAUUGGCAUCUCAGGUGGAGUUAUAUCUAUGAAUCCCUUUCUGCAUAAAUUCUUCCCACAUGUCUAUGAACAAAAUGUCACUACUAUAAAACCUUCUACCAACCAGUACUGCAGAUUCGAUAGCCAAACGUUAACAUUGUUUACCUCCUCUUUGUAUUUGGCUGCUCUUGUAGCAUCACUUGGGGCAUCCACAGUAACUCGAUCGUUUGGAAGGCGUCUCACCAUGAUUUCUGGAGGUGUGCUUUUUCUUGCUGGUGCUGCCUUGAAUGGUUUUGCUCAAGAGGUUUGGAUGCUCAUUCUUGGUCGCAUGUUACUUGGGUUUGGAAUAGGAUGUGCUAUUCAGAGUGUGCCAAUAUACGUGUCUGAAGUUGCUCCAUACAAUUACAGAGGAGCUCUUAAUAUGAUGUUUCAAUUGGCAAUCACUAUAGGCAUCUUUGUGGCUAAUAUCCUCAAUUUCAUGUUUGCGAAAAUGAAGAACGGGGAGGGAUGGCGCUACAGUUUGAGUUUUGCUUCUAUCCCUGGAAUAAUGUUUACCUUAGGUGCAAUGUUCCUUCCCGACUCACCGAGUUCUUUGAUUGAGCGUGGUCAAAAUGACAAAGCCAAACAAGAAUUGAUUAAUAUGCGUGGAACUACUGACGUUGAUGAGGAGUUUCAAGAUUUGGUUGUAGCUAGUGAUGUUUCAAAAACUGUGAAACACCCUUGGGUCUCUUUGUUGAAGAGACAAUAUAGACCUCACCUCACAAUGGCAAUAGCCAUUCCCUUCUUCCAGCAACUCACUGGCAUGAAUGUGAUUACAUUUUAUGCCCCUGUUUUGUUUAAGACUAUUGGCUUUAGUAACACUGCUUCUCUCGUGUCAGCCUUAAUUAUUGGAGGUUGUAAUGCACUCGCCACUCUUGUUUCAAUUGCUACUGUUGAUAAAUUUGGAAGAAGAACUCUUUUCAUUGAAGGAGGUAUUCAAAUGUUCAUUUGUCAGAUUGUUAUAGCUAUAGCUAUUGCUUGUAAGUUUGGAGUUGAUGGUGACCCAGACACUCUGUCAAAGUGGUAUGCUAUUGUGGUUGUCAUGUGUAUUUGUGUGUAUGUUGUAGGAUUUGCAUGGUCUUGGGGUCCUCUAAGUUGGUUGGUGCCUAGUGAGAUUUUUCCGCUUGAAAUUCGUUCUGCUGCUCAAAGCAUUAAUGUCUCUGUUAACAUGAUUUGCACCUUUGUCAUUGCUCAAAUUUUCACUACAAUGCUUUGUUACAUGAAGUUUGGAUUGUUUAUCUUCUUCGCCUUUUUUCUUUUUCUGAUGACAGCAUUUAUUUACAAGUUCCUUCCGGAGACCAAGGAAGUUCCAAUUGAAGAAAUGUCAAUUGUGUGGGAAACACACCCUUAUUGGGGUAAAUUUGCGUGUGUGCUAUUGAUACCAACCUAGUUGCUUUUAAUAGAAUUUCCACUUAUCGAAAAAAGAAGAAUAAGAGCAGUUUUAAGUCAUUUAGUUUUGAUUAGGUUAUUAUUUACUAACAAUUUUCUUUACAUAGCUAUUUUAUAUUUCCAUUUUUCGGUUGUCUAGUAACGACUGGUGUUUCAAGUUUCAAUGCUUACUUACUAGUGUAAGUAAGUAUCCAUGUCUUGCAUAAAGAAUUUGUGAAAGAUAUAAUUAAAUGCAUUUUUUGCUUCCUC